AUGAUAUAUGAACCUACCCAGAAUAACCAACCUAGCAAUGUGCAUGAAGCCAGUAUUUCUCAAAAAUUCAACUUAGAGCCAGUAGAAAUGAAGCAUUCAAGGAAGAAGAGAAAACUUGGGACAGAGAAAGCUAGUACUGCCAAAGACAUCGCUGCACCUGCAACCUCCACAAAACUCAUGCAAUCCUAUUCCCAGGCCAGCAGUCAAGCAAAGAACCAACCAGAGUCCACUAGUUCACGCAUCUUCUCAUUCAUGCCACUGUCUCCUGGUACCAUUGCUCGAUUAGAGGUAUUUGAUAGGAUGUUAGAAAUCGACACAGAUAACAGCCCUUUUAAUGAUCAUUACACUGCAGACUAUGACACCACAGAUGUUUGGGACUCGAUGCCUCAUAGUCCACCUCCUCACUCACUUCAGAAUGUACUCACUUCCAAGAUUAUCUCUGAGGCAGAGCCCUCACGGGCAUAUGUCACAAAUCCCAACUCUACAGACUUCAUUGCUAGCCCUCCGCAGGAUCAAACAGAAGGGGAUGGUGAAGAAAAGGCUCAUCCACCAAUUCACCCCUUGAAUGCCUUUGAAGCUAGAGAGAAACUCAAGGAAGCCAUACCUAAGUUUGCCAAGAAUGGACAGUGGGAGAGGUUAAGUCUCCAAGAACAGAAGCGCAAGGAUAUAUCGGCAGAGCAUGUCAUGUGGACAUCUAAGCAUGCUCAAUGGGAACAGGAGCACAAGGAUAUAGCAGCUGAGCGUGCUAUGGGGAAACAGGAGUACAAAGCUACAGUUAAAAAGCACAUGCAGACAGACAAGGCACUUACUGCAAACAUAAAACAGCUAAAUUCCCCAUCAGAUGUUGCUAGGAGUCAAACAACGGCUGUAAACCAGUAUAUCAGUCUGUGGGAGGGUACCUCUGCUUUCCUAGAGGAAAAAUCCGAUAAAUCCACUGCCAGCCCACCUAAACCUGGAGAACUAGUACAUCGGCCAUGGAAAGACUCUUCUUCCACCACCACCACUACUACUGGUAGUCUCCUGCAGGCAGACACUUCAGGGGCUGAAGUUAGGGAAGAGCCUGAGGAAGUUGAAGAAGGCAAGUGUUAG